AUGAUUAUGAACACACAAUUUACAUUACCAACUAAUUCUUCUUGUGAUCUCAUUUAUGGAGCAAUAUUAAAUGAUACUGAUGCUAUUUUAACAUAUACCAUGUCAGCUAGUAUUUCACAAGUGAGAAAUCGUUGUUUCUAUCUAGCUACAGUACAUAGUCGAAAAAAUGCACUCGUCGUACAACAAUUGAAAUUUGGAAAAGAUUUUAAACGAACACCGAUGACACUUGUCGAUUCAACAAUAAUAGCAGAAGUGGCUACCAACUUCGCGUUCACAAUCGUAUUUGCAACUAAAAACUAUGUGUUUGUUUUGAAUGGGUUGAAUAUUUAUCGAUAUAUUGUUGAAUGUUGAUGUUGAUCUUAGCUUGAAUAAAAAAUAUAUGAGAUCAUCGCACGAUUUAUCAAUGCAAUAGUAAUUUUUGUAUAAGUUAUACAUCAUGCACAUUACUAACCACAAGGAUUAUUAUAAAAUCGGCCAACCCAUACUUCGUAUAGACGCUAUUUUCAUGCAAUACCUUCGAGAAAGAUAUUGGAAGAUGAUGAUGAUGAUGAUCUGAUAUUUGUAGAUUAUGAAAUGGAUGCUACGAGAAAGAAAGAAAGAAUUAAAAUGUUCAACGAUGUUUGGUCUCUUGAACAGUUUCAUACAAGAAUAAUCAAUUGAAAGAUAAACUUUCAUCAACAGAUUUCUUCUGUGCGUAGAAAGACAGUAUUAGUAGAAUAAGCUUGGAUUAUCGUUAUUCUUACGAGAAUUACAUGGGGCACUCCAAAAGUUUUUUCCCCCGGUUCUUCUAAAAGCCUCAGUUUGAGUUCAAGUAUUCUUUUAUAAUGCUUAGACAUAUUUAGGAUUAUGUGCAAAAUUUCAGACUUCUAAGUCUUGUACUUUGCUGUAGUCGAUCAUUUCUUUUAUGCUAGGUCACGCAGUCUGCUAACGGAUGACCCAUCUUGUAUGAGAGAACUUUGCGUCUCAUAUUUUGCUUCCUAAAUUCCUUCUA